AUGACCAAUUUCGAAUUCGUGACCUCUGAUCCGGUGUCGUGCCUCAAGCCCGGCAAAAGUCUGCAGAUACGCAGUCGUUGCAUGCAAGGCAAGAAUGUGCAGCCCAAUUCUCGCCGAUCCGUGAGACUUCGGGGAAAGCCAGGUCAAGAGAAAGCGACAGGAGGCUGUGCAAUACCGACUCUGUCACGAGAGCAGGCCACAGAACGGGAGAACGAACCACAGCUUGCCCAGCACGCCGGACCCGCGCCGCAGCACCCACUGUUGAUCCGGCCGAACGAUCUAGCACUUGUCUGUUUUACCGAUCUCCAGAUUGGUAAUGAGGCAAAAGCGCAUCUUCUGCGUGCCUUUGCACACAAUGUCUGUGAUCGGACUUUGACACCACUAGACCGCUGCCUGGAUCUCAACUGUAUCGAAUCCGAGUCCUUGAAAUACCUCUUCGCCGACAGCGCUUUUUUGCGGUCCAUGCUCUGCACCGAGUACGCCCUGCGAGACCGUCGGACAUUUCAUGGAGACAAGACCCCAAGUUGCGAAACAGCUUUCCACCUGUCCAAAGCUGUGUCCCAGCUGCAAGAAAGGAUACCUCGACCAAACAGCCACGAAGAUGAAUCGAUGAUGUACGUGGUCAUCAACCUCGCAUUGGUGGCCAUGACAUUCGAAGAUUGGUCCGCCGCCGCUGCGCAUCUCAAGGGUCUGCAAAGCAUCACUCGAAUGAGAGGCGGCAUGAAGUUUCUGGAAGCUAGACCAAGUCUACACUUCAAACUCGAUCGCAUCGACCUUAUCUGGGCACUGAGUGUAGGCAAAGAGCGAUUCUUUCCCCACCCGCAUGUGAAAUGGGAAAGCGUCGUGUCUGUCCCGUAUACGCCUCUUCCGGACAACCUCUACGAGCCGCCUCUAUACUGGAACGAUCACUUCGCGACGCUGUUCCGCGAUUUUCAAGCUCCGGGACAUAUCAUAUCGUAUCGCUGGAUUGCCGCAAAAGUCGAAGCCGCAUACAAAGAGUCUGGCAUCGGAUCAAUCCCUCAAUACCACGCUCUACACGUGUGGACGUUAAUGGUAGCAUCCUUUACUGUGACGGGUACUUCGGAACCAUGGAUUAGGAAAGCGUGGCAGGAAACGACCGGCGGUAGUCUUUGGACGGAAGUCAGGAGUCAUCUGCAACGAAUAGUGUGGAUUGAGCUGCUGCAUGACAAAGCGGGAGAAGACACUUACCGGCGCUUGGAGCAUGCACAGCGCGGCAAGCCAGCCGCGGCGAAUCUGUUUUGGUCUCAGUGGAGCUGUCAGUCCAUGCCAGCCAUUUCACGCGAUGGACCUUCCAAACAAGACUAG